UCUUUCCUCCUUUUUAUCUCCGAUCAUCUCUGUUCCUUUAAUUCCUCUUUUGAAAACUUUUAAUAAAAAUAAUUUAUCUUAAUGGCUAAAACAUCCGCCACCUUCUUCUGUUCUUUCUUUCCCUUUCCUUCCCUUUCUCUAUGGAGAGAACCCAAUUAUUCUCUCCCAAAUUCCUUCAGAUUCUCCAAUCGUCCCUCUCGAUUUAUUCGUUUCUCUUCCAAAGCUUCAGAUUCCGGCGGCUUCGUUGGUGAUGAUUCUUUUGGUUUCUUUCCUUGGUCCCCUUCCGAAAAUGAUGUGGAAUGGGUUCAAGAGGAGAGAGUCACUUUGUUCACUUCAGAAGGAUUAAUUCAAAUCGGAGGUUCAAUGAUUCCGCGGCGUAUAGCUACUUCUGAUAAGAAACAGGGGAAGUCAAAAGCAUCUCAAAGAUUACAACGGUUUCAAGAGAGUAAUUACAUGGAUCCUAACCAAGGCUUAUGUCUAGGUGCUCUUUUCGACAUUGCAGCGACAAAUGGACUUGACAUGGGCAGACGGCUUUGUAUCAUUGGCUUUUGCCGUUCCAUUGAGAUGCUCAGUGAUGUUGUAGAAGAUACUGUUUUAGAGCAUGGUGGGGAGGUCGUUGCAGCGGAGAAAGCCAUCAAAGGUGGAUUGCACGAAAAGCUUACCAUGACAGUUGCAGUGCCAUAUCUCUGGGGUGUUCCCCCUGCUUCCGAUACGCUUCACCUUGCCGUAAGAAGUGGUGGAGGGAUUGUUGAGAAGGUUUAUUGUCAAUGGGAUUUUUGUAAAUAAUUCAUGAAUUUCUUCUAACCAUUAUUACCUUGUUGUCUCCCUUUGUGCAUGCUGUACAUAUAACUGUUGUAUUCGUUUAUACAAAACAGAAUGUUGUAUUUAAACUCACCAACCCAAUUCAUUACUUGGGAAUUCAUUGUCCAUAUCCAAUUGAUUAUUCUUAGUUUUCUGUUUAUGCCAUCA